AAACUCAUCUUCUGGAGAUCAUGAUGUGGAUUUCGAGACGGAAUCUUGGAGUGAUGCAAGUGAGAACAGCGAGAAGUUGUUGAGAACUAUAAGUAACAACUCCAUUUCUGCAGAUUCAUGUUUUGAGUGGGAUGGUUCAAGAGACCGCCUUGGCUAUCUCUAUUUCCACUAUUCUGAGACAUGCUCUCCUUUUUGGAGAAUUCCCUUUUCAGAUAAGAUCCUUGAAUUUACACAGCACUAUCCUGGACUUGCGACGCUAAAGAGCACUGAAUUGUCUGCUGCAAGUUGGAUGGUUGUUGCUUGGGAUCUAAUCUACCAUGUUCCAAUGAAAGGAAUUACUAAAAAUAUUUCUGCAAGCUUUCUUACCUACCAUACAUUGUUAUCAACUUUCCAAGAUGUUGCAGAAGAGAAACCCGAUGGAGAAAGUGGAAUUCAUCUUAGUCCAUUCGGUUUAGCUGCAUACAAGAUGCAAAAUGAUGUAUGGCUAAACACUCAUACAGAAAAGGACUAUGAAAAUCUACGUGAUCUUCAAAAUGCUGCAGAUUCAUGGCUGAAGCAGCUUUCUUAUAGUCACCAUGACUUCAAUUUCUUCACCGCGCAUUCUAACAUGGAGCGUGGAGGUUACUCAUUAUGA